GAGCGGCGGACGGCGGCGGGAUCGCUCGCUCCUUGCCUGCCUCCCGCCCUCCCUCCCUUCCUAAUGGCGCUGGCGACAGCCGGGCAGCGGGGCUGAGCCGGGCACCGGCGGAAUGCUCCCCGCUGCUGCUACGUAAUCCCAACCCCCUGGGACGCGGCGCCGCGCUCCGCUCGGCCCCCCCCCCUCGCCGCGCCGAGCGGCGCUCCCAGCAGGGCGGCGGCAUCCCCGGCCCCGCGGGCGAUGGAGCCCGCGCAGCAACGAGCGGCAGAAGCCCCGGCGGCGGCGGCGGCGGGAAGCGGGCCCGGGGAAGCGGAGAGCGGCUCCCCGAGCAGGAGGAGUCAGGCGGAGAGCGGCGCGGAGCCGUCGGGCGGCGGCGGGCAGCUGGACGGCCAAGCAGCCGGCGGCCCGCGGCGGAGGCGAGGGGGAGCUGGCGGCUUCGCUCCCCCCGCGGCGCUGGCGGCCAGCGGGACUCCGGCGGCCCCCGGCGGGGCCGGUAGCGCCAACUCCCUGCUCCUGCGGCGGGGGAGACUGAAGAGGAACCUCUCCGCCGCCGCCCCCUCGCCCGCCGGCGCCCCGGCGCCCUCGCUGGGCACCCGCAGCUUGGACAGGAAGGCGCUGCUGCUGCUGAAGCCGCCCCGGCAGCUGCAGCCCCUGCAGCCCCCGGAGCGGGACUGGGUGCGGCGGGACCUGCAACGGGGUUGCGUCCACGUCUACGAGCGGCACAUGAACUGCUACCUGCGCCCGGUGCUAUGCACCCUGGAGACCACGGCGGCUGAGGUGGCCGCCCGGCUGCAGCAGCUCGGCCACCGGGGCGGCAGCAGCGUGGUGCGAGUGCUGGGCAAGGCGGGCGCGCCGCCGCCGCAGCCCCCGCCCGAGCCGCCGGCGGGCCCCACCGGGGCGCCGCCCGAGCCCGCGGCCGAGGGGCUGCGGCCGCCGGCGGAGGAGAGGCCGAGGAGCCGGCGGGGGACGCGGAGCGGGUUGUCCGGAGGAGGCUGCGGGGAAGCGGCGCGGCCCGACCGGCUGCCGCUGGGCAACGGCGCCGAGGAGGGCGACUUGGCUGGCGGCCGGCCGAGCCCGGCGCCCUCCGAUCUCAGCCCCGGGGCGCCGCCGGCCGAACUGUACCUUGCGGGGCCGCCGCUCUCCUGCCCCUCCCUCCUGGGGGAGCUGGGGCCGGCCGGCUCCGACACCGAGAGCUUCAGCCCCAGCGCCGAGAGCGUCUCUGACCGGCUGGACCCCUACAGCAGCGGUGGCGGCGGCGGCUCGUCCUCCUCGGAGGAGCUAGAGGUGGAGCCGGCACCCCCCGACGGGGUGGAAGAAACAGGUGCGGGGCCGGGCCGGGGUCCUCCCUGCUCGGGGGAGCUGCCCCCGGGGCAGGCAGGGGGGGUGCCAGCGGGCGCGGCCGGCGGACGGGAGCCUCCGGCGGGGCCGCCCGCCUUGUACGUUCAGCUCCACGGGGAGACCAGCCGGCGGCUGGAGGCCCACGAGAAGCCGCUGCAGAUCCAGAACGACUACCUCUCCCAGCUGGGCUUCCGGGACCUGUGGCGGGUGCAGGAGGAGGGCAUGGACUCGGAGACCGGCUGCCUCAUCCGCUUCUAUGCCGGAAAGCCCCACAGCAUUGGCAGCUCCGAACGGAUUCAGCUCUCAGGAAUGUACAAUGUUCGAAAAGGGAAAAUACAUUUGCCAGUCAACAGAUGGACAAGACGCCAAGCUAUCCUUUGUGGAACAUGCCUAAUUGUCUCAUCAGUAAAAGAAAGCCAGACUGGAAAGAUGCAUGUUCUCCCUUUAAUUGGUGGAAAAGUGGAAGAAGUGAAAAAGCACCAGCACUGUUUAGCAUUUAGCUCCUCUGGACCUCAAAGCCAGACCUACUACAUUUGUUUUGAUAACUUCACUGAAUAUCUGCGUUGGCUGCGACAAGCAUCAAAGGUUGCAUCACAACGCAUAAGCUCAGUGGAUCUUUCAUGCUGCAACCUGGAGCACCUGCCUGCCAACCUGUUUUAUAGCCAAGACCUCACUCAUCUCAAUUUAAAGCAGAACUUCCUGAGGCUGAACCCCAGCCCAUCCACAAGUAGAGCCCUUAGUGAAUUACAAAGAUUCACAAAGUUGAAGAGCCUUAACCUUUCCAAUAAUAAUUUAGGAGACUUCCCACUGGCAGUCUGCAGUAUCCCAACUCUGACUGAACUCAACGUGUCCUGCAAUGCCCUCAGAAGCAUUCCAGCAGUUGUAGGCGAGAUGCACAACUUGCAGACAUUUUUGCUGGAUGGCAACUUUCUCCAGUCCCUUCCUGAUGAAUUGGAGCAUAUGCAUCAGCUCAGCUAUGUGAGUCUGUCCUUCAAUGAGUUCACUGACAUUCCGGGCGUGCUGGAGAAGCUGACUGCCAUGGAUAAGCUUUGUAUGUCAGGAAACUGCAUGGACACCCUGAACCUACAGGUGUUGAAAAGGAUGCCUCAUAUUAAACAUGUGGACCUAAGAUUGAAUUCAAUUAGGAGAUUGGAGGCUGAUGAAGUAGAUUUUCUGCAUCACGUGACCCAACUGGAUCUGAGAGACAACAGACUUGGGGAGCUGGAUGCAACAGUUUUUAACAACGUUGAAGUAUUACACUGUGAAAGGAAUCAACUGGUAACCCUCAAAAUCAGUGGAUAUUUUCUCAAAGCGCUGUAUGCUUCCUCGAAUGAACUUGUUCACCUCGAUGUGUAUCCAGUUCCUAAUUGCCUGGCUUAUAUGGAUAUUUCUAGAAAUCACCUGGAAAACCUGCCUGAGUGGGUGUGUGACAGCAGGAAACUGGAAGUGUUGGAUGUUGGCCACAAUCAGAUACGUGAGCUGCCUGCCCGCCUGAGAUUUCUUAAUGCCUCUGCCAACAAACUGGAAAUGCUUCCUCCAGCCACCCUUUCUGAAGAAACCCACAGCAUCUUGCAGGAGUUGUAUUUGACCAAUAACAACCUCACAGAUAAAUGUGUACCCUUGUUAACAGGCCACCCACACCUGAAAAUCUUGCACAUGGCUUACAAUCGCCUACAGAGCUUCCCUGCAAGCAAAAUGGCCAAGCUGGAAGAGUUGGAAGAAAUUGAUAUUAGUGGGAACAAACUGAAAGCCAUUCCAACGACCAUCAUGAACUGCAGACGUAUGCAUACUGUAAUUGCUCAUUCCAACUGCAUUGAAGUCUUCCCAGAAGUCAUGCAGCUUUCUGAAAUAAAGUGUGUGGAUCUAAGCUGCAAUGAACUGAGUGAAGUCACAUUGCCUGAAAACCUGCCUCCAAAACUGCAAGAGCUGGACCUGACUGGAAAUCCCAGAUUAGCCCUGGAUCACAAAACCCUAGAGCUGCUGAACAAUAUCCGCUGCUUCAAGAUCGACCAGCCCUCAGCCGGUGACACGUCAGGAGCGCCGGCGGUGUGGAGUCACGGCUACACGGAGGCGUCCGGCGUCAAGAACAAGCUGUGUGUGGCAGCACUUUCAGCCAACAACUUCUGCGACAACCGGGAGGCACUUUAUGGUGUUUUUGAUGGUGACCGCAAUGUGGAAGUGCCGUAUUUGCUGCAGUGCACCAUGAGUGACAUCUUAGCAGAAGAACUACAGAAAACAAAGAAUGAGGAGGAAUACAUGAUCAACACUUUCAUUGUUAUGCAGAGGAAACUUGGAACAGCUGGACAGAAACUUGGAGGCUCUGCUGUCCUUUGCCAUAUAAAACAUGAUCCCAUGGACCCUGGUGGAUGCUUCACGCUAACCUCAGCAAACGUGGGGAAGUGCCAAACUGUUCUCUGCCGGAAUGGGAAACCUCUGCCUUUGUCCAGGUGUUACGUGAUGAGUUGUGAGGAAGAGCUGAAGAGGAUUAAGCAGCAUAAGGCCAUUAUCACAGAGGAUGGCAAAGUGAACGGUGUGACAGAUUCAACAAGAAUCUUGGGUUACACCUUCCUUCACCCAAGUGUUGUGCCGCGUCCUCACGUCCAGUCCAUCACCUUAACUCCGCAAGAUGAGUUCUUCAUUCUGGGAAGCAAGGGGCUGUGGGACAGUCUCUCGAUGGAGGAAGCAGUGGAGGCAGUCAGGAACGUGCCCGAUGCGCUGGCAGCCGCCAAGAAGCUUUGCACUUUGGCCCAGAGUUACGGCUGCAAUGACAGUAUCAGCGCCGUCGUGGUGCAGCUCAACGUGACGGAGGACAGCUUCUGCUGCUGCGAACUUAACGGGGUCCCACCCCCCAGCCCAGGCAUUUUCCCCCAGUCUGUCAAUGUGGUCAUCAAGGACAGGCCAACAGAUGCGCUUGGGAUGCCGUCUUCGAGCAGCGGCAUGGCUUCGGAAAUCAGCAGCGAGAUCUCCACCUCCGAGAUGAGCAGUGAGGUGGGGUCCACGGCCUCCGAUGAGCCUCCCCAGGUAGCCAUGAAUGAGAACAGCCCGGCCUACCCGGGGGAGCAGCGCUGCAUGCUGCACCCCGUCUGCCUGUCCAACUCCUUCCAGCGGCAGCUCUCCAGCGCCACUUUCUCCAGCGCCUUCUCCGACAACGGCCUUGACAGCGACGACGAGGAGCCGAUCGAGGGGGUGUUCACCAACGGCAGCCGCGUGGAGGUGGAGGUGGACAUCCACUGCAGCCGAGUGAAGGAGAAACAACUGCUCCAGGUGCCGGUGGAAGCCAGCGACGAAGGUAUCGUCAUCAGUGCCAAUGAAGAUGAGCCCGGCCUUCCCAGGAAAGCUGAAUAUUCUGCCACGGGCACAAUAGGGCGCCGGCGGGGCAAUGGCUCUGUGGCACCGCACGAGAGGAGCCAUAACUUAAUUGAAGUUGCAACGGAUGCGCCGCUCAGAAAAACCGGGGGCUACUUUGCUGCUCCAGCACAGCCUGAUCCUGAUGACCAGUUCAUCAUCCCACCAGAGCUUGAGGAAGAAGUCAAGGAGAUUAUGAAGCAGCACCAGGAACAACAACAACAGCAGCAGCAGCAGCAGCAGAGGCAAUAUCCGAUGGACCACCUGGCAGACUAUUACGAUACACCACUAUGACCCACUCUAUUUACUGCUCAGAAAUAAACUAACAAAUAAGGACACUAGAGUGUGAGACCCAGUGGGCUUGCAUUACAGCAGGGGUUUUCCUUAUCCUUUUCCUUUAUAUACUUCCUUUUCCUUAUCCUGCCACUACAGAUAACUGCAGCUUUUCAGUUUGUUAGGUUUAAUAUUCAUUGACUUUCUUCUAGAGACGCUUGACUGGUAAAGUUUAAAAUAGUUAACCUUCCCUUAACAUAUCAAGUGUAAAAACAGAAAAACAAAACAAAAAUAAAAAAAAAUAAAAAGGUUUAAUAUAUUGCUGAGAAACAGAUGAUGAUGUAAUAUUUUUUAAAAUGGCUUGUUUGUUUUGUUUGAAAAGCAGGGCAGUAGCCAGUGCUAAAUGAUUUAAGUAAUAUUGUAAUACUGUAUUUCUUUGAGAGAAAAGGCUUUUUUUGGUCUUGAAAAUGAUAGACAUUUGUAGAAUAUGGAGACUAACUCCUAGGAGUUGCUUUACUCUUUCAGGUGACGUAAGUCACUGAGAUUCACUAAUUUUCUCUGAGAGAACAGUUGAUUGGGAAAUUCCUGUAAAUAGCUCAGUGUUGUAUAGUGAUGCUUACAUGUUUUGUAGCUUUGGCAUUAAGGACACAACCUGAAAAACUGACCUUUUUUUCUUAAAAGCGACUCUUUGGGCCACGGUCGUGGAGCGCGAAGGACUGCGUGGCUGUGUACAAGUUAGCCAGAGCCAAGGUGGUGUAGACCAUUUGAAGAAACCCACUUUUUUCUCCGGUCUCUUUCUUUCCUUACUUUUACAGACACGUUUUGUUUGUGUUCCUUACUGCUGCCACAACCAGCAUGAUUGUAUAGAGCUCAUUUGCUGUAGAACAUUUACAUACCAAGAGUUAUAUUAAAGCUGAAUGCACAAAUGAACAUGUCAUAAUUUUUGUUAUAAUAAAUAUAAAAUUUACACCUGA